GUACUUGCUGUUUUGGCUUGUCGUUCUGUCUGCAAAGUUCUCAUUCGCGUACUUUCUUCAGAUUGAGCCGCUUGUUGGUCCAACAAGGAUUAUAGUGAAACAAAAUAACAUUCCGUAUUCCUGGCAUGAUUUUGUGUCGAGUAAAAACUAUAAUGCUCUGACUGUUGCCAGUUUAUGGGCUCCUGUGGUCGCUAUAUACCUAUUAGACAUCCAUAUAUUCUACACCAUUAUCUCUGCUUUUUUGGGGUUCUUGCUUGGUGCGCGAGAUCGUUUGGGAGAGAUAAGAUCUUUAGAUGCUAUUCACAAACUCUUUGAGGAAUUUCCAGGGGCCUUUAUGAAGGCUCUUCAUGUCCCUCUUACCAAUCGGACUUCUGAUCCUUCUUAUCAGGCUGUGGAUAAGAACAAAUUAGAUGCAGCACACUUUGCUCCAUUUUGGAACCAAAUAAUAAAAAGUCUACGAGAGGAAGACUACAUCACUGAUUUUGAGAUGGAACUGCUCCUGAUGCCCAAGAAUUCUAGUAGGCUCCAAUUGGUUCAGUGGCCACUUUUUCUUCUUUCCAGCAAGAUAUUAUUGGCCAAAGAGAUUGCUGCUGAGAGUAAUUCACAAGAGGAGAUUCUGGAGAGGAUUGCAAGGGAUGAGUAUAUGAAGUAUGCUGUUGAGGAAGUCUAUCACACCCUUAAAUUUGUCCUUACAGAAACUCUGGAAGCCGAAGGGAGGAUGUGGGUGGAAAGAAUUUACGAAGACAUUCAGGCCAGCAUAAAGGAGAGAAAUAUACAUCAUGAUUUUCAGUUGAACAAACUCUCCCUUGUUAUCACGAGAGUCACUGCGCUCUUGGGAAUCCUGAAAGAAAAUGAAACACCGGAGCACGCAAAAGGGGCCAUCAAAGCACUCCAGGAUCUAUACGAUGUUAUGCGGCUUGACAUAUUAACUUUUAAUAUGAGAGGUCACUAUGAAACGUGGAACAUGCUAACUCAAGCCUGGAAUGAAGGUCGGCUUUUUACAAAGUUGAAAUGGCCUAAAGAUCCUGAGAUGAAAGCUCUCGUCAAAAGAUUGUACUCUCUAUUUACCAUCAAAGACUCUGCAGCGCAUGUUCCUAGAAAUCUCGAGGCCAGACGCAGGCUGCAAUUCUUCACUAAUUCUCUUUUCAUGGAUGUGCCACCACCAAAGUCUGUCCGCAAGAUGUUAUCCUUCAGUGUCUUCACUCCAUAUUAUUCUGAGGUUGUGCUAUACAGCAUGGCUGAACUCACUAAGAGAAAUGAGGAUGGAAUAUCAAUCUUGUUUUACCUUCAGAAAAUUUAUCCAGAUGAGUGGAGAAAUUUUCUAGCACGUAUAGGACAGGAUGAAAAUGCGUUAGAAGGCGAUCUAAAUAAUGAGAGAGACAUACUUGAACUUCGAUUUUGGGCUUCUUACCGUGGACAAACGUUAGCUAGAACAGUUCGGGGGAUGAUGUAUUAUAGGAAAGCUCUCAUGCUUCAGUCUUAUCUGGAAAGAAAUGCUGGAGGAGACAUGGAGUCCGGACUUUCUGGUAAUUACACAAUGGAUGCUGAAGGAUUUGAGUUAUCUCCUGAAGCAAGGGGCCAAGCAGAUUUAAAGUUUACAUACGUUGUCACAUGCCAAAUAUAUGGAAGACAGAAAGAAGAUCAAAAACCUGAAGCUGUUGACAUUGCUUUGCUAAUGCAAAGAAAUGAAGCCCUUCGCAUUGCUUAUAUCGAUAUUGUUGAUACUCCGAAAGAGGGUAAAUCUCACACAGAGUAUUAUUCAAAGCUUGUGAAGGCCGACAUCAGUGGAAAGGAUAAGGAAAUUUACUCCAUAAAGUUGCCUGGGGACCCGAAACUUGGUGAAGGCAAACCUGAGAAUCAAAACCAUGCCAUUGUGUUUACACGCGGAAAUGCAAUCCAAACUAUUGAUAUGAAUCAGGAUAAUUAUUUUGAAGAAGCCUUGAAGAUGAGAAAUCUUUUGGAGGAAUUUGAUCGGGACCAUGGAAUUCGACCUCCCACCAUUCUUGGAGUUAGGGAACAUGUAUUUACUGGAAGUGUCUCGUCCUUGGCCUCUUUCAUGUCCAAUCAAGAAACCAGCUUUGUAACUCUUGGUCAACGAGUAUUGGCGAAACCAUUAAAGAUCCGCAUGCAUUAUGGUCAUCCAGAUGUCUUUGACAGAGUUUUCCAUAUUACACGUGGUGGUAUCAGCAAGGCCUCUCGGAUUAUCAAUAUUAGUGAAGAUAUUUUUGCUGGUUUUAACACAACUCUACGUCAAGGGAAUGUUACUCAUCAUGAGUAUAUUCAGGUUGGCAAAGGGCGAGAUGUGGGGCUCAAUCAAAUAGCUCUAUUUGAAGGGAAGGUUGCUGGUGGGAAUGGUGAACAGGUUCUUAGUCGGGAUGUAUACAGACUUGGCCAGCUCCUUGAUUUCUUUCGAAUGAUGUCAUUCUACUUUACAACUGUUGGGUUCUACUUCUGUACGAUGCUGACGGUGCUUACAGUGUAUAUUUUCUUAUAUGGGAGGGCAUAUCUGGCACUUUCUGGAGUUGGAGCUACUAUUCGAGAAAGAGCUAUUCUUCUGGACGAUACUGCACUUAGUGCCGCCCUGAAUGCUCAGUUUCUGUUGCAAAUUGGUGUCUUCACUGCUGUGCCAAUGGUUUUGGGCUUUAUUUUGGAACAGGGUUUUCUCCAGGCCAUUGUCAGUUUCGUAACAAUGCAAUUUCAGCUAUGUACUGUCUUCUUCACAUUUUCCCUUGGCACAAGAACCCAUUAUUUUGGACGGACAAUUCUCCAUGGUGGUGCAAGGUACCAAGCCACUGGAAGAGGCUUUGUCGUCAAGCAUAUCAAAUUCUCUGAAAACUACCGGCUUUAUUCCAGAAGUCAUUUUGUCAAAGCGAUGGAGGUUAUUCUCUUAUUGGUUGUCUACCUUGCGUAUGGCAAUGAUGAGGCUGGUGCAGUUUCCUACAUUCUUCUGACCGUUAGCAGCUGGUUUCUGGCUGCUUCUUGGCUUUUUGCUCCCUACCUGUUCAACCCUGCCGGAUUUGAGUGGCAAAAAGUCGUGGAAGACUUCAAAGAAUGGACAAACUGGCUCUUUUACAGAGGUGGAAUUGGUGUGAAAGGAGCUGAAAGCUGGGAAGCAUGGUGGGAAGAAGAACUGUCUCACAUCCGGACCUUGAGCGGGAGGAUAAUGGAGACUGUUUUAAGUCUACGGUUCUUCAUCUUCCAGUAUGGAAUUGUCUACAAACUGGACCUACAAGGAUCAGACACAUCACUUGCGAUUUAUGGUUGGUCCUGGGCUGCAUUGGCGAUAAUUAUAGUUCUCUUCAAGGUCUUUACCUUCAGCCAGAAGAUAUCUGUCAACUUCCAGCUUGUGCUGAGGUUUAUACAAGGCCUGGUCUUGUUGGUGGCUCUAGCUGGGAUAGUCGUAGCAGUUGUACUCACAAAUCUGUCAGUGGUGGACAUAUUCGCUUGCGUACUGGCGUUUAUACCGACAGGAUGGGGAAUCCUCUCUAUUGCUUGUGCUUGGAAGCCGAUCGUGAAGCGAAUCGGAAUGUGGAAAUCGAUCCGUUCCCUAGCGAGACUGUAUGAUGCAGGAAUGGGAAUGCUCAUAUUCCUUCCCGUUGCGCUCUGCUCCUGGUUCCCUUUCGUCUCCACUUUCCAGACACGUAUGAUGUUUAACCAGGCGUUUAGUCGUGGUCUGGAGAUCUCUCUCAUCCUCGCAGGAAACAAUCCCAACUCUGGACUUUGA